AUGUCACCCGCCGCGGCCGUCUCCAGCGACGACGAGACGAGGCGCCUCGCGCGCGAGGCGGCGCGCGUGUUCGACGAGUGCCGCGCCUCCCUCGCCGUGCACCCGCGCAAGCUCCGGGAGCUCGCGGCGGUCCGCGCCUCCGCGUCUGGCGGCCGCUUCCUCCCGGCCUUCUGCAACGCCAUCACCCCGCUCUUCGAGGUCCCCCGCCGCUCCCCGGCCUCCGACCGCGUCACACGCUUCGCCGUGGCCUUCGCCUCCUCCUCCGCCUCCGCGGGCGCGGACGGCACCGGGUUCCUCGAGGGUUUCCUCCGCUUCCUCCUCGUCGCCUCCGCCGCAGCGCUCCGACCCGCGCGCUUCCGUGCCUGCCAAAUCAUCUCUGAGAUCAUAAUGCAAGUACCGGAUGAUGCCGAGGUGAGUAGUGAGAUUUGGGAUGAAGUGAUUGAUGGCAUGAAGAUUCGGGUUCAGGAUAAGAUUCCUGCAAUUCGGGUUUUUGCUGUCCGUGCAUUGUCUCGUUUUGCGAUUGACGAAGAGGAUGGUGGCAUCAUCGGUAUCUUUCUUGAGACUCUAGAAAAAGAACAAAACGCUGAGGUCCGAAAGACAAUUAUUUUGUCUCUUCCACCAUCAAGUGCUACACUGGAGUCAAUCAUUGAAUCAACAAUUGAUACUAGCGAAUCAGUUCGGAGGGCAGCAUAUUUUGUGCUUUCAACUAAAUUUCCCCUCCAAAGUCUUAGCAUCAAGCAGAGGACAACUCUCCUUCACAGAGGCAUCUCAGAUAGGUCUCCAUCUGUGAACAAUGAAUGCUUGAGGAUGCUGAAGGAGGAGUGGCUUGUAAAGCAUUGUGGUGGAGAUGUCAUCGCCCUUCUCAGGUUUCUUGAUGUCGAGACUUAUGAGUCAGUUGGAGAAUCCGUGAUGGGGGUGCUUCUGAAGGAUGGUGCUGUGCGAGUGCAAGAUGGGCAAACUAUCAUGCAGUACUUUACUGAAAAUACCGAGGAUGCUGAACAAGUUUCCAGUAUCAAGCUCAUGGAGGCUGAGGUUGCUCUUUACUGGAAAGUCAUGUGCAUGCACUUGCAGGCUGAAGCUCAGAUCAAAGGUUCGGAGGCUGCAACAACUACGGGGACAGAGGCAGCAGUAUAUGCUUCUGAGGCGUCGGAUAAAAAUGAUCUUCUUGAUGGUGUCCUUCCUAGCACAGUUGCUGAGUUUGUUGAUUUGGUAAAAGCGCACCUUUCAGCUGGACCAAAUUAUCACUUUGCGUCGCGGCAACUAUUAUUGCUUGGUGGAAUGCUUGACUUUUCUGAUAGCAUGAACAGGAAAGUUGCAAGUUCAUUUCUGUAUGAGCUUCUGAAUAGACCACUUGAACAUGAAGUUGAUGAAGAUGGAAACCAGAUCGCCAUUGGUGACGGUGUCAGUCUUGGAGGGGACCUGCAGUGGGCGAAAGCAGUCUCAGAAUUGGCUAAAAAGGUUCAUGCUUCUGUUGGUGAAUUUGAAAUGGUGAUUGCCACUGUUGUUGAAGAACUGGCUAGACCCUGCAGGGAGAGAACUGCUGAUUUCAUGCAAUGGAUGCACUGUCUGGCGGUGACAGGUCUUCUUCUAGAGAAUACUUCAACCUUACGAAGCCUGGAAGGCACAGCAAUCAGACCGUCUGAAGUGCUUCAGUCAUUGUUGCUUCCUGCAGCAAAGCAGAAACAUGUUGACGUACAGAGGGCCGCUUUAAGAUGCCUUUGUCUUUUUGGCUUGUUAGAGAAUAAACCAAGUACAGAGUUGGUGAAGCAGUUGCGUUUAUCAUUCAUCAAUGGGCCUGACUUGGUUAGUGCCAUGGCAUCCAAGGCCUUGAUUGAUCUUGUCACUUGGCAUGGUCCACAAGAAUUAGAUCAAGCCAUUGGAACUGAACCAUCUGAUGCCAACUACGAGAAGACUCAGUUUGCUCCUGUGGACAUCUCUGAUUUGAAUGAUGAUGAUCUAAAUGUUGGAAUUCUUAGUAUUCUGUUUUCUGGAUUUCAUAAAGAUGACUGGGGGUUCAGCCCAGAGGGUGAUAACCAUGAUAAUGUCCUGACCAUUCUUGGUGAAGGUUUUGCAAAAAUUCUUCUUUUGAGUGAGAACUAUCCAAGCAUAUCCGCAGACUUGCAUCCUGUUAUCCUAGCUCAACUUGUAAGAUUAUAUUUCUUGGAGGAAUCUAAAGAACUCGGAAGAUUGAAGCAGUGUCUGUCUGUCUUCUUUCUCCAUUAUCCAUCCCUUUCAGACAAGCACAAGAGGUGUGUCUCGAGUGCAUUUGUACCACUCAUGAGAGCUAUGUGGCCAGGUAUCCACGGUAAUCCUGGGGGCAGUGGACCUGUUGUUUCGAAAAGGCGUAAACAUGCAGUCCAAGCUGCUCGUUUUAUGGUUCAAAUGGUACAAAGUCCGUUGUUUUCAGCAGAAACAGCAGAGCAAGCUUGCAUGAGUCCUGAAAGCCUUUCGGGUUCACCAGGUCUGUUUGUCAAUUAUGACAUCAGUGAGGAAGGGCUUGCCAUCCGUAUUGCAGUGGAGGUAGGAAAUAGCCAAGACAAGAAGAGCGCGCCUGUGAGAGCAUAUGCCUUGGCUUUGUGCAAGGUUGCGGUGCUUCUAAGAUUUCGGCAAUCAGAACAGAAGGCCAUCAAGUGCAUGAGAGGACUAGUGAACACAUUGGCUGCUUCAGCGGCUUCUGACAAGGACCUUAUGAAGGAGCUCGCUCAAAUGGCAUCAAGGCUCAAGUCACUUGAUGAGUCCCCGGAGGAAGAACUGCCACAAGAUCAAGCCGACGCCCUAUUCGAGCAACUAGGAUUGGCUGACGGCAUCAAGCUUGACACCGUCAAUCCAGUGGUGCCACCAACGCCAGCACCUUCUCGGUCAGGCCGGGCUCCUCCAGCCAGGAGAAGAGCAAGGCGGGCGGCAUCGUCUAGCGAUGACAGCGAAGCGGAAGCUGAAGCGGAGAGCUUGGAUGUAACAUCGGGGAGCCAGGUCCAGGCCACUCCCAGCGUGACCACGGCACGCGCUCAGAGAGCAAGCAAGACUGCGGCCCUGAGCAAGUUCAAGUCUUCUGUGAAACCUUCUCUUGAGGCUGCUUCUGACAGUGAACAAGAGGAGAUGUCCGGACUGACAACUGAUGAGGAUCCGUCCGAUGAUUCCGACGACCCUGACGAGGAGUCGUCUUAAGUUUCUUGGGAGCUGAGGUAUCUAUCUGCUGGUGUUCUUGACCGGAAGAACCCAGCAAUUGUUAUUUGAAGUAUGGAGGGUGUGGCACUUGCCACUAUGUAUUGUUUGGUUUGAACUAGUAGAUCAAGUACUCGGGUGCUCUUCAGCUUGCAAGGCUGGAAAGAUUAUGCUUUUGAUACGUAGAUUCGAUUCAAGGAUCAUUGAGAUUGUAUAAACAGCUCUACUUGAAAGAAUGUUGCUCUUCUGCACUA